UUAAUUUAGCACAUUUUUCACAUUUAUCCACUUUUUCAAAUUUAACUCAGUCAAAUUCACUGUCAAUUUUUCCCGCGGUGGCUGGAUUAUCUCAUUUAAAUGGUAAAUCCGGAAUGCCUCAACCUUUUUUCUCCGUUCAAAUUAGAUGA